UUUUUUUCAGUAGGUGGUGCAGCGAUCAAAGCUAACUACAACAAGAUGCAACCACGGCAAGUUAUGUGAAGCUAGACCCAGACUAUCGAGAUGAUUAUAUCAGCAACUUGAUUCGCCAAAUAUGUUGGCUGACAAUUUUUCAGUGUUCCGACAUCGCGGGCGAAACACUAGCUAGAGCAACAGCAAGCUGCAUAGUAUGCUGGACGUCGGGAAGUGGCCAGUGUUUGCACUCCUUCCUCCUGAGGAACUACGGCUUAUCCGGCAAGCAUGUGUCUUUGGCAGUGCUGCAAAUGAAGCCCUCUAUGUCACAGUUAGUGAUGAGGUCUUUGCUCUGGGCACCAACUGCAGCGGCUGUUUAGGGCUCGGAGACCUUCAAAGCACUAUUGAGCCACGCAGGAUUGAUGUCUUGUGUGGAAAGAAGAUUGUGUCCCUAAGCUAUGGAACAGGACCGCAUGUGGUUAUAGCCACUGCAGAUGGAGAAGUGUUUGCUUGGGGACACAAUGGCUACAGCCAGCUGGGCAAUGGGACCACCAACCACGGACUGACCCCUGCCCUGGUGUCCACCAACCUCCUUAACAAGAGAGUGACAGAGGUGGCCUGUGGCUCCCACCACACUAUUGCCCUCACAACUGAUGGAGAGGUGUAUGCAUGGGGUUAUAACAACUCAGGCCAAGUAGGUUCAGGGUCUACUGCCAACCAGCCUACGCCGCGCCGGGUCAGCAGCUGCCUGCAGAACAAAGUUGUGGUUAACAUAGCCUGUGGUCAGCUCUGCUCUAUGGCUGUACUAGACAAUGGAGAGAUCUAUGGUUGGGGCUACAAUUGCAAUGGACAGCUAGGUUUGGGCAAUAAUGGAAAUCAGCAGACCCCAUGCAGGAUUGCUGCUCUCCAAGGUGUCAGCAUUGUCCAGGUUGCUUGUGGCUAUGCACAUACAUUGGCACUUACAGAUGAGGGGUUUGUUUACGCCUGGGGAGCCAACUCGUAUGGGCAGUUGGGAACAGGCAAUAAGAGUAACCAAGCUCUCCCCACUCUAAUAAACACAGACAAGGAGAGGAUGGUGGAGGUGGCUGCAUGUCACACCAGCCACACAUCAGCUGCCAAGACCCAGAGUGGGCAGAUUCUGAUGUGGGGUCAAUGUCGAGGUCAAGCUGUAGCCAGCCCCCACCUCACCCAUUUCAGCAGCACAGACGAUGUGUUUGCAUGCUUCGCCACACCAGCAGUCACGUGGCACCUCCUCUCAGUAGAUGCCGAUGACUACCUGACUGUUGCCCAGUCUUUGAAGAAGGAGUUUGACAGCCCAGAGAUUUCAGACCUGAAGUUCUUGGUUGAUGGGAAGUGUAUCCAUGUUCACAAAGCCCUGCUGAAAAUCAGGUGUGAGCAUUUUCGUGCACUCUUGAAUGAAACGGAUGAGGAUGCCAUAGAAAUUCACCAGUUCUCAUACCUGGUGUACCGAGCCUUUCUAGAGUACCUCUACACAGACACUAUUAACCUGCCACCAGAGGAUGCUAUUGGGUUGCUAGACUUGGCUACGUACUACCAAGAGACGAGGCUGAAGCGGUUGUGCCAGGAGACGAUCAAGAGAGGUAUUUCUGAGGAGAACGCCAUCACUCUGCUCUCUGCUGCUGUCAAGUAUGAGGCGCGGGACCUGGAGGAGUUCUGCUUCAAGUUUUGCGUCAACCACCUAACAGCUGUCACGCAGACCCAGGCCUUUGCAGACAUGGACCACGACCUGCUCAAGAACUUCAUUAGUAAAGCCAGCCGCUAUGGAGCCUUCAAAAACUGACUAGGGUUCCCUUGUAGUGAUGGGUUCAACACGAUGACGUUUAAGCUCACUAAGCUCCUGAGAGUCGACCCUAGACCAAAGUAAACAUCAGGCUGAUGAGUACUCCAUAGCCCUGUUGCUGGGGAUGUUAACACUGGAGAGGAAAAUGGUUUAAGGUUCCACCCUCUAACUGAUGCUUCUGUGUUACUGCCGUCAACCUAGGCCAAACACAGUGGUUGCUUGGGGAAUAAAUAUUUGGUUACAUUACUCAGUCACAAGCAGACUAGAAUAGAAAGAAGUGCCACGGUGGUCUUCUUUCUGUUUUCCUCGUGUUACUGACAAUAUGCUUGGCUAAUUUGGUGUCUUGAUUUGUAAGCUAGUCAAGAGACGGAUGUGUUGCAGGAACUUGCCUCACAGUAACAACUAGCUCAGACAGGUUGCCUGAAAAUGCUGUAAACUAAACAUAAUUCAUAACAACAUAGGUGUGAGGUAAAAGUAUUUUUUCAUCACUCUGCCCUUUAUCAGUUAGUAAAACAAAUUAUAAACGUGCGUAUUAUACUGUAGUACAUUAUGUCUGAUCAGUAGUGACAAGAAGUGAUCAACAAAAAUAUAAGUCAGCCAUGAAUUAACCUUUCACAUUGUGCUGCUUUUCGUUGAAGCCUUGAUACUCAAACUUUCUGGAUUGAGAAAUAGUAUUUAAUAAGGAAAAACAUACAAGUUCUAUUUAAGAAAACUGCAACUUGUGUUUUACACCAAAUUUUCUGAACAAUUAUAGUUUAUAGUGGUCAUAUCUGUUCUCUUACAAAAGUCCAUGUUAAAUUUUGCCACAUGUUUUAUAUGACAGUUAUUCACCUUUACCAUCAAAAUGUAUCAUUACUGUUUGAUGUUUGACUACCAUUUGCACUGUUUUGCUGUAGACAAUUACGGUGGCCACAAUCCAGAGCCUGAUAGAAAAAGGUGGUAGCCUGUUGGUGAUCUUACACUUUAAGUGCAGCUGAUUUUACAGUUGUCUUUCAUUGAAAUUUGGUAUGUUUACAAAAAUAUGGUUGCUUAUUGUUUUUGAAAUUGUAAAUAUGUUGGCAGCAAACGCCUGCUUCUUUUUACAAGACUUUCUUUAUAUCUCUCCCCUAGUAGCACCUUGUGGUAAUAAAAUAGUGCUGGCUUAGAGUAAUUGCCAACGGACUGUUGAAUAUAGCCCAAGUUUCAUAUAGGAUCACAAGGUCUUUAAAUGUAGUUAGCAGAUAAUUCCAUAUUAAAAUCUAAAAACCUAAAUGGAACGUAACAAAAUACUUUCACAAGCCAUUUGAAUUUUAUGGAACAUUUUGAUAAUGCCUGUGUUCUCAUUUUUGUAUGGAAAAUGUUGUAAGCUGUAACAUUUGAUAAUCAAAAAUUUAUUAAAAUUAAUAACUACAUAA